AAAUAGAAGUACAGACAAGUAAGAUAGAAACAGCCCGGACAGCGGGUAAUGAGAGUACUGUGUUAGUCUUUUAUACUUUAUAUCGGGUUUUUGUGUUGCGAUAUUGACGUUUCGGAAACAAGUAACAGAAGAGAUAGUGACGCUUUUCUUUAGAAAGAUGUUAUCGACAGUUAGUACAGCUUUCCCAAACUAAGCGUAACGUUAUGGACUGUACACUAAGUUAGCUAACUGGCUAGCCGAAUGCUGCUAGCUAGAUGCUGCUGUGUAUCAGAGGAAGCCAGCGAUGACUUACAGCGAUUUCUAUGGAUAAACAUCUAUUAAUGUGGGAUUUUAGACAGCUGCCAAACCACAGGUUCGUCUCUGAAAAGCUUCAAUCAUCCUAUCGACUGUCAUGGACAACGUGAAACCACGCAGCAAUGAUGAGGAUGAAGAGCUACACUCCACAGACCCAGAGAGCAAAGAGAAGAGCAAAGAUAAAAAGACCCUGUGUAAAGUAAAGUGGUCCCGAGAUGAGGAUGAAAAGCUGAAAAAACUAGUAGAGCAGCAUGGAACUGACUCCUGGAAACUAAUCGCUAACUUUUUUCCAGGGAGGACAGAUGGCCAAUGUCAGCACCGCUGGCAGAAGGUGCUCAACCCAGAGCUGGUGAAAGGACCCUGGACAAAAGAGGAGGAUCAAAAGGUUAUUGACCUGGUGCACAAGUACGGCCCCAAGCGUUGGUCUGUGAUCGCCAAGCACCUCCAGGGAAGGAUUGGAAAGCAGUGCCGCGAACGGUGGCACAACCACCUCAACCCAGAGGUGAAGAAGUCUUCAUGGACUCAGGAAGAGGACCGAAUCAUCUAUGAGGCCCACAAGCGCCUUGGCAACCGCUGGGCAGAGAUCUCCAAGCUUCUUCCUGGACGGACGGACAACUCCAUCAAGAACCAUUGGAACUCUACCAUGAGGAGGAAGGUGGAGCAUGAGGGGUACCUGCAAGAUGGCUGCAAGAGUUUCACUUCCUCUCAUGCUGGAGCAAAGAGACGCCAACACAGACCGUGUCCUCAAACUCCAACAGAGUCCCAGCACUGUGACCACAGUCCCCUGCCUAUACCGGGACCCAACCAGAUGGGGGGAUAUCCUUAUGAUCCUCACAGCGGACACCUGAUGGACGGUCUUCCUGAUAAUUCAGGCUUCAUGUUGCCAUCCUGCCUGGAUGAUCCUGACAGAGAGCAAAGAAUUAAGGAGCUUGAGCUGCUGCUUAUGUCAGCAGAGAAUGAAGUCCAGCGACAAGUGCAGUGCAGAGGUCAACGUAGUGCAGAGCAGUACUCAUCCUGGUCCGACAGUGUGUCAGAUGACACAAUGACUAGAAGUAACAGCAGCCUCGAGGAGCAGGCAGAGAGAAGGCCCUGGAGGAGCCCUGAGAUCCCCCAAGGACCUCCACCACAGCUUCCUGUCUCGCCCAGCAAGUUCCUGGCUGUAGAGGCCAGCACCGUGCUCUCGACCCUGCAGACCAUACCGGAGUUUGCAGAAACCAUGGAGCUUAUUGACUCAAUGUGUUUUGCUCUGCAGGACCCUGUGGCGUGGAGUGACGUGGCCAGUUUCGACUUGUCAGAGUCAGCGACACCACCCAGGCACAACCAGGCAGGGUACACCACUCUCCUGCAAGAGCGGACGAUUGACAGUUCAAUGGGCUACACAGUCAACACUCCGAACGCCAUUUCUGGUCGUGAUAAGAGCUGUGCUCCAUUUAGUCUGAGCGGCGUCACCUCCCUGACUCCUAUCAACUCAUCCAAACCCACCCAGUCAUCCAUUGGGAGGAGGAGGAGAAGAGAGAGGGGGGAACCGUCUCCUUCAUGUGACAGGACCUGCUCCUCCUUCUUGGAGAAUAUCUCAAAUUCUCCCAAGAAAACACCCACAAAGUCACUGCCAUUCUCACCGUCACGAUUCUGCAACAUAUCAGGUUCGGAGCAUCUGAAUCUGGAAAAUCCCGCCCUCACCUCAACCCCUGUGUGUGGCCAGAGAUGUCUCCUCAACACGCCGCUCCACAAAGAAACCACACCUAAGCACCAGAAAGAGAAUGAUGGUUUGCAGACCCCCAAAAUCCGUAAAACUGUCAUGAUUCCAACCCCGCGGACGCCGACUCCCUUCAAGAACGCUUUGGCUGCCCAGGAGAAAAUGCAUGGGCCACUGAAGAUGGAGCCACAGCCGUUGGCAUUUCUAGAAGAGGACAUUCGAGAAGUUCUGAAGCAGGAGACUGGAGCCGACAUCUUUAACAGAGCAGACAUCCAACCAGACUACAGAGCGUGGAAACAUAAUAUUGAUGGCCCAGCGAGAAAGGUGCGCAAGUCUCUUGUGCUGGACCCCUGGGGAAAAGACUGCCUAAAUGUCCAACUCUUUCAAGAGCAGCUUAACAAUGCACAAGUGCCAGAUGAAAGUUUACUGUCAGGCUCUUCAUUGGUCACCUCAAUCUCUGAGCAAGAAGAGUGUAGCCGUUCUUUGACUUCCGGGCGAGAGGAGACCUCACUAGUCCCUGUUCAUCCUCAUCGCUUUACCAGCCCUCGGAUGAAGAAGCUUCUCUCCUCCCACAAAGCACCAAAACACACUGUUGUACAGGUGAGUGAUUGGGAAGCAGUGGUUUAUGGGAAGACAGAGGACCAGCUGAUCAUGACAGAACAGGCCCGUCAGUACCUGACCCCCUACACGUCUUCUGGCUCUACCUCAAGAGCCCUUGUGCUUUAAAGACGUCCCCUUGCUGCGCAGGCAACACUACUACACCCCGUCCAACAACUAAAACCUCCACUGAACCCAGUAAGAGACAAUCCAGUGAAGACAAAUGAUUUUAGUUUUUCUUUUGAAGCAGAAAUGCACUGCCACGGACGACCACAAAAAGGCAUGGCUGCUGGUUUUUAAACACAUUUCAAGGUCACUGCCCAAGUAGUUUCUUGUUUAUAGGUAUGUAUUUUCCUUUGAAUAUACACAACCUGGCAAAGUAAGCAGUUUUGUACAGAUAUGAUAAGGCUAGAAUGUUUUUCCUGCACUAGUCAGUAAUGUUGAAAACAACCUACACAUACAGUAGGCUAUAGACAUAGAGUGUUUAUUAAUAGCAGUGGCUGCUUCUGAGUUUUAUAUUGUUAAUAUAUUGUUUAAAUGACAAGAAAGACGUUUUAUAAUGUAACGCUACUCAUUGUGUAUCUCCUCCAGCUUGUUUUGCUAAACUGCCCUGUCGCUGUUGUCAGAUAAAAAACCACGUACAUGCAAAAAUUCGCAGCUUUGUAUUGACACCAUUGUAUUUUUAAAAUCACACCAUGGGUUUUUAACUCUCUGAGACCCACCAUAGACCCCUUUUUGUCUUGUUUAGAGGAGACAGGUGAGUUUUAGGGGGAGUUUGCAGGUCAGUAGUGAAUGCCACAUAGAAGUGGCAUAGCAGAGAUCCUGAAGAUUAUUUGAGAUGCAGCUUAGCACUGUGUGUCCAGUUUUACUAGUAAUAAAUCUGUUAUGAACUUGUGUUUGGUUAGGCGCCUAUUCCAAAUGUGAAAGAUUAGAUUGUAUAAGGGCUUAAAACAUUAUAAUGGAAGUAUAUGAUGUCUACUCCCAUCAUCGAUUACGUCUUCAAAACUUUCCCAAUUUAUGCAAUUCCGAGACUGAAGGGACCCAUUAUGCGUAAUUUUCAAACACUAUCAGCGAAUAUUACACAUUUAUUUAUUCAUUCAGUUUCCAUAACCGCUUAUCCUCUUGAGGGUCGCGGGGGGCUGGAGCCUAUCGCAGCUGACACUGGGCGAGAGGCGGGGUACACCCUGGACAGGUCACCAGACUAUCACAGGGCUGACACAUAGAGACAGACAACCAUUCACACUUAUGGGUAAUUUAGAGUCACCAAUUAACCUGCAUGUCUUUGGACUGUGGGAGGAAGCCGGAGCACCCAGAGAUAACCCACACUGACACAGGGAGAACAUGCAAACUCCGCCUAGAGGGGCUCCCAAACCCUAGAGUUCGAACCCCCCACCCUGUGUCCGAACCAGGUAGCCCCCUGGCCCGCAUAAAGUGGGCGUGUCUUUACAUGGGAGACUUGUCGGUGUCCAUAGAACCCAUUGUCGUCCUUGCCAAAAUUUAGCCUAACAUUGGAGUGUUAUUUUUAGCCUCCUUCCUGACAAGUUACCACGACAUGGUUGGUACCACUACAGCCUCUAAAGACAGGGAGCGCCAACACGGGUCUCAGAGGGUUACCUAGACACACACAGUCCAGAAUAACCAUUGCUUUGACAUUACAGAAACAGAAGUGCGGUUACGUGGUUUUUUCAUGACGGCAGCGUUACAUUGCUGAAUGCCUAUCCAUGGUGAUGUGAACUUUUUUUGAGGAUGUUAGUAAGAAACUGUCAGUAUUGCACUACUGAGUUGAUUUCACUGCUGAGAAAGGAGCAGUGUGUUUAAGGGCAAACUGGAUAGCACUUGUGAUGGUAUCUUUGUUUAACAACUCGUUUCCUUUCCAAGGCCAUAGUGUCCGUCGAGACAUCGGUUGAAUGUAUUUCAUUGCAAUGUACAUGUGUAAGAACCUCAAUAAUGGAAGGGUACCUUAAUGUUUAUUUCUGUUUGUUUUAUUUAUUAUCUGACAGCUCUAAAGCUUAGAUAUUAAUAUAAAUCGGACACCGUGAGUUUUUUUUUUUUAUUUUUUUUUUAAUAAGUUUAACUUUGCUGACAAAACAGCCUAAAAACCCUCACCUGCUCUAAAACAGUUCUCUUUGUAACAGAAAAUGAAUGGUCACCAUUGCUUUGAUACUGAGCAGUUUUCAUAUCAUCAGUGUUCUACAACAAGCAUUUGGCCGAGAAGGAUUUAGUUUUUAUUGUGAAGGCUGUAGGUUUUAUUUAUUUAAUGUCUACUAAUUUAUUUAUUUCUAAAAAAAAAAAAGAAAGACAUUUAAGAGAAAUUAUUGAAGAAUUUUAUUGUCUUUUCUCUUUCAAAAUCAGGAUUGGGCUACAGUUUCAUUACUCCAAGUUAGAAGAACGUGCACUGCCACUAAUUUUAAUUUCUCUUCCUGAUCAGGCAAGAUCUAGCAAAUAAUCAUCGUGUAGUCGUAUCUGUGAUCUUGUAACAUAUAGAUAGGACAUUUUCUUUCUUUGAUUCAAAUGUGUUCUCCGCUCUUAGGUAGCAGGACUCCAUCUCCGACCUCUAAUCAUAGACAAAUUGCACUUUUUACUCAUCAUUUAAUUUUAAAUGUUUGUUCAUUCUAAUGAUGUAGCUCUUGUCCUUAUUUUUGUUUUAUGGUGUGUGUUUGCGUGUUAGAUGGUUGUCUCCCCGUUUUGUAACGAAUGCUGACAUUAUGAUCCUGCUGCUCGAUUUUAACAUGUUCUCUUCUCCUGUUCUGCUGCAGAAAUGCGUGUUUAAACACACUACAUCGAAGCCUUACCUUAACAUUUUUAUAGACAGAUGGCUUUGAGCGACAACACAGCUAACACAGACCGUCCUAUAACUCAGAUAUCCUGCUGAAACGCCCUUGAGCAAGACCCUAAACCUUUACCUGCUCGCUCAUUAUUUGACACUGCGUAAGAACAAAAUGUAAAUAUGCACGGAUUUGGGUGUGACUCUGAAGAAAUGUACUGCACUGUGCUUCCAGCUGAUUCAUGUCAUUUUUAACCCUUCUGAAACGUAAUCUGCCGAAGGGACACUACAGCUAUAAAUGGUCUUCUUUGUAUUAUCGGCAUUAGUGGGUCCAGUAUUAGUUAUAAUCUGGAUUAUCCUGCAUUAAGCAUUUGAGUGAGAAUAAGAAGGGAAUCUUGUCAGGGAGAUCAAGUGGAAAGAUCAGGAGUGUGCAACUCUAAAACAGAAAGUAGACAAACAUCCACGUGAGACGUUUGGAUCUGGUGGCUGCGAUGUGUCUGAUCUGUAUAUAAUUGUGUCGUUUGUUCUGUUUGUUGGUUUGACUUGUGUUUGUACAUUCCAUUUGUUAACAUGUUUAUACGUUAACAACAUUUGGCCAUGUAACAUCAUAGGUUUUGAGGGAAUUAAGUACAUAUAUACAGGAUAGUAGCAGCUGUUAUAUACUACUGUAGUUAUGCAUGAGCAAUACACAAGAUGCUGGACUUUGCUUUAACUGACGAGGUGAAUCACAGGUGUAACACUCGCUCUGUGUUUUUUUUUUUUUUUUUUUUUGUAGCAUUUUCAGUUGAAAUCAUAACCAAGGUACCAUAGAAAUCCUGCCAACUGUCUUUGUAACCAUGUACUUAAUUUGGAAAAAUAAAUGCAUUUGUUGCAUGACAUCUACAGCGUUUUGAACUCUGUUUUGAAACCAAGCCGAGCUCACCUUCUCUGCCAACUGCCCCUGUACAAAUUAGAACAGGUUACAUGCUAUUUCCCACAUAAUAAAGAUUUCUUAUGAUCCUUUGGUUUGUCUGACAUGCUCACAGCAGGCGUAGCAAUCUCUUGAGCUCUUGCCAAAAACAGAUUCCUUUAAUUUUUUUUUAAGGACACUGGAAAUCCAAAUCUUCCACCUUAAUCCUGUCACUUGUCCAUAGGUGGAGCUGACAGCCAUGCAGGUGGAUAGCUUGGGUGUGGGACUGACAACUGAUAGAGUGGU